AGCAACUGGUAUAAACCAAGAAAAAUGGCCAAAUUUGUACUUGCAGGGAAGGCAGAUUGCCCAUAUUUUGCUAAAGCCGAAAUUCUUGCAGAUUUCCUGCAAAGAAACCUGCCAAACUUUAGCGUCCAUAAAAUCCGCAAACACCCCAAGGACUGGCAGUGCUGGCUGGAGAAUACCUGUGAGCAGAACGGCUGGAGGCAUGAGGCCUCCCCCGUCGUGUGGCGGGAGCUGGUCGACCGGGGGGGCAGGGGCCUGCUCCUGGGGGGCUUCAGCGAUUUCUUGGAGCAUGUGCAGGGCUACUAUGACAUCACCUCAGACAUGAGCACAGCGCUGAUGCUGGAGAUUGCCGCAGAGAACCAGCAGGCAGUGGAGCAGUGCAUGAGGGAAGAGGAGGACCGGCGCAGCCUCGUCCAGCCAAAGCACAUCUGGAUCAGCAGUUCCUUGAACCUGACGAGCUACCACUUGAUCCCUCUGCUGUGUGACCCGGGAGUUCUUGGCGACAGCCCUGUCCUCUGGCUCCACCUGCUGGACGUGGACGGGAUCGCAGAGGCACUGGAAGGGCUUGUCAUGGAGGCAGAGGACCUGGCCAGCCCGCGAAUCCACCGGGUGAGCGUUCACACCCGCCUCGACCACGCCUUCCUCCACGCCCACGUUGUCAUCCUCCUGGACGAGCCGAUGCCCGAUCAGGAGGAGGAAGACGAACGGGCUCUGCUGAGGAAGACCGCGGAGCGUUUUCAGCAUUACGGGCAGCUCCUGGAGGCGGGAGCGAGCAAGGACGUGAGAGUCAUCGUGGCGGGAAACUCCUUCGUCAACCUGAAGGUCUCCGUGCUGCUGGAGAACGCGCCCUCCCUCGACAGCAGCCGCUGCGUUGGCAUAGCAACGCAGAUGGAGAACGAGGCUCGGGCCCAGAUUGCACGAAAGCUACAAGUGAAAUCUGCAGAUGUGAGGGAUGUGAUUGUCUGGGGUAACGUCAGUGGAAGCUUCCAUAUUGACCUGCAGCGGUCGAAGGUGUUCAGAUGUGAAAGUGCCAUCUGGGGACCUCCCGGAUUCUCCCUGCCCGUCUCAGAGAUGAUAUAUGACCGGAAAUGGCUGGAGUCUGACUUCCUGAACUUCGUUGGUGAGCAGCGAACAACUGUGACAGGCAAGACACAGAGGACUGCUGCAAUGUCCGCAGCCAAUGGAAUCGUUGCUGUUCUGAAAGCAUGGGACUCUGACUCCGCCCCUGGGGAGGUGCACUCCCUGUGUGUGCUAAGUACAGGGCAGUUUGCCAUCCCUGCAGGGCUGGUGUUCUCCAUGCCUGUCAGCUUCCAGAGAGGGAGCUGGGCAGUACUGCCAGACAUCACCAUCAGUGAGGAAUUGCAGAGCAACCUACAGGCUGCCACCAACCAGCUCUUAGCAGAAAAAAGCAUGGCAUCAGAACUUUUAUCAGGACAGAGUUAGUGCUCGCCAUAUCUCCCUGCUUUGUCAAGCCCCAUCAUUAUGACCAGUAUACACGCGCAAAUGGACUUCAAAUAUCGGGGUGAUAUUUUACAUUACUGUGCCUGUGUAAUAAAUUCCUUUUUUUUCUGAUUGCCACAAUCUUGUAUGUCCAGCAGUGCGCAUUGUUUUUCAUGAAUACAAAAGGGCUUCGGCAGUGGAACAUGGUCUUUAUACUUUUGCAGUGAAAAGUUUGUCCUUGAUCAUGCGCACAUGGACAUUGCCAUUAAGAAAAAAUAAAAAGAUCAAAUUCAGACAAAAAUUUAUGUGUGAAAAACAUGAAAAAAUAAAAUACUUUUGUGCAUGUUG